GGGAGAGGAGGCGCAAGCGGAAGUGGGCGGAGCUCAGGCUGACUGGGAAAUGUCAGCCGAUUGACUGGGAACGGGAUUUUCUUUCCCGGGAGCCCACAGGCCUUCGGGUGAGCACCGCCGCGGGCGGUCGCCUCGGGGUGCGGGUCUCUGACCCCGGCAGGUUGCGGCGGACGUGAAGCUUCGCAGUCCCUUCGGCCUGGCGCGACCCUACGUGAACAGAUAUGCUCCAGAACUGUACAUGAAUCACUUUGGCUGGAUAUCGUGAACAUUCAAUAAUGAGUGGUGCAGCUUUAGGACUUGAGAUUGUUUUUGUCUUUUUUCUGGCAUUGUUCCUCCUUCAUCGAUAUGGAGACUUUAAGAAACAGCAUAGACUUGUAAUCAUUGGAACACUGCUUGCUUGGUAUCUCUGCUUUCUUAUUGUCUUCAUCCUGCCACUGGAUGUCAGUACGACAAUAUACAACCGAUGCAGACACGCUGCUGCAAAUUCCAGCCCUCCUGAAAACAACAAUGUUACAGGAGUGUAUGCACCUGUCACCCCAGCUCCAAGACAACAUCCAUGUUUCAAGCCAUGGAGUUACAUUCCGGAUGGGAUCAUGCCAAUUUUCUGGAGGGUAGUUUAUUGGACAUCACAGUUUUUAACUUGGAUUCUGUUACCUUUUAUGCAGUCAUAUGCAAGAUCUGGAGGGUUUUCCAUUACUGGGAAGAUAAAAACAGCCCUGAUUGAGAACGCAAUCUAUUAUGGCACUUACUUGCUGAUAUUUGGAGCAUUUCUAAUUUAUGUGGCUGUAAACCCACGUUUACAUUUAGAAUGGAACCAACUUCAGACUAUUGGCAUAGCUGCUGCUAACACAUGGGGUCUGUUUCUUCUUGUGUUAUUAUUGGGGUAUGGCUUGGUGGAGAUUCCUCGAUCAUACUGGAACGGAGCUAAAAGGGGUUAUCUACUUAUGAAGACUUACUUUAAGGCAGCCAAACUGAUGACAGAGAAAGCAGAUGCAGAAGAGAAUUUGGAGGAUGUAAUGGAGGAGGUUCGUAAGGUAAAUGAAAGCAUUAAGUAUAACCACCCAUUGAGAAAAUGUGUUGAUACAAUACUUAAAAAGUGCCCUACAGAUUAUCAGGAAAAGAUGGGUAGAAAUAUGGAUGAUUAUGAAGAUUUUGAUGAAAAGCGUAAUACCUACCCCAGUGAAAAAAGUUUGGUAAAAUUGCAUAAACAGGUCAUUUAUUCAGUUCAAAGGCACCGAAGAACGCAAGUACAAUGGCAAAUUCUUUUGGAACAGGCAUUCUAUCUAGAAGAUGUAGCCAAAAAUGAAACCAGUGCAACUCAUCAGUUUGUCCACACCUUCCAGUCACCUGAGCCAGAAAACCGAUUUAUCCAAUAUUUUUAUAACCCUACAGUUGAAUGGUACUGGGAAUGCCUGUUACGUCCAUGGUUUCACAGGAUCCUUGCUGUGGUUUUGUCCAUCUUCUCUGUGAUUGUUGUGUGGUCAGAGUGUACCUUCUUUAGCACAACUCCUGUCUUGUCUCUGUUUGCAGUCUUCAUACAGCUGGCAGAAAAAACAUACAACUAUAUUUAUAUUGAGAUUGCUUGCUUCCUUUCCAUCUUCUUCUUAAGUAUCUGUGUUUACUCUACUGUGUUCAGGAUUCGAGUGUUUAAUUACUACUACUUGGCUUCACAUCAUCAGACUGAUGCUUACAGUCUUCUUUUCAGCGGCAUGUUAUUUUGCCGUUUGACUCCCCCUUUAUGUCUUAAUUUCUUGGGAUUGACCCAUAUGGAUUCAUCCAUCUCUCACCAGAAUACCCAGCCAACUGCAUACACAUCUAUCAUGGGUUCCAUGAAAGUUUUAUCCUUUAUUGCAGAUGGAUUCUAUAUAUAUUAUCCUAUGUUGGUGGUAAUUCUCUGCAUUGCUACAUAUUUUAGUUUGGGAACCCGUUGUUUGAAUCUGCUUGGUUUCCAGCAGUUCAUGGGAGAUAAUGAUAUGACAUCAGAUCUAGUUGAUGAAGGAAAAGAACUAAUCAGACGAGAGAAAAGAAAAAGGCAAAGGCAAGAGGAAGGUGAAAAUAGAAGAAGAGAGUGGAAAGAACGUUAUGGACAUAACAGAGAAGAUUCCACUAGAAACAGAAAUGUUCAUCCUGACCCCAAAGAGCCAAAUUUCUCAGAUACUACUACCAAUUGGUCAUCCAAGUACACCAGGGCUAAUAACAGGACUGAAAGAGACCGGAUAGAACUUCUCCAGGAUGCAGAACCUUUGGAUUUUAAUGCAGAGACAUUCACUGAUGACUCUCUGGAACCUGAAUCAGGAAGAUAUCAACCUGGUGGACGCUAUCUCUCCAUGUCUUCCAGCAUAAUAUUUGAAGAUAUCUAAAGACUGAAGAAAUUCAUGGCUCAAGUAACCAAGGUCAUCACAUCAGCUCAGCCUUUAUGAACAUCUUUGUGCCCUACAAUUCUCUGUUCUCUCUGUGAAUAGUAAGGAUAACAAAAAAUGGCAUGGCAAAUGGAUCACAUCUUAAUAUUAGGUUAUUGUUUGUUGACUAGAGUAUCAUCUUUUCUGGUAGGAUUUAUUAUAAACCAUCUAAAGUGUCUGCCUUAGAAGGAUUCAAUUCAUGAUAAGCAUAGAACAUGGUUGGUUUCAAGUUAAUUUUUUUUUCAAGAGAGUUAUUUUAAAGUUCAAGGAAAUCAUAAGUCAUACUAAAUAUUACAAUUUCAUAGCUAUAAUUUAAAUUUGUUCACUCUACAUUUCCCAAAGA